AUGUCGGCUAUUGGAAUUGAUCUUGGGACAACAUAUUCAUGCGUUGCUGUGCACAGGAAUAAAAGAAUUGAAAUCGUUCCCAACGAUCAAGGUAAGAGAUUAACACCUUCUUGUGUUUCAAUUUCUGACACUGAAUUGUUGACAGGAGAGGCUGCAUUAGAGGAAAUUCCAUUCAAUUUUGAAAACACCUUGUUCCAAAUUAAGCGACUCAUCGGCCGAAACUAUGAUGAUCCGAAUGUACAAGAAGACUCAAAGCUAUGGGGUUUCAAAAUAAUAAAUGAAGAUAAUAAACCAAAAAUACAAGUGAAUUACAAUAAUGAUUCGAAGAUAUUUGAACCUGAGGAAAUUAGUGCCAUGAUACUAAAACAAUUGAAAACUUCCGCUGAGGAUUAUAUGGGGGAAAAAAUCACUGAUGCCGUCAUAACCGUACCAGCUUAUUUUAACAAUUCUCAGCGUAAAGCUACCCUUAAAGCUGGAAGAAUAGCCGGUCUCAAAGUUCUACAAAUGAUAAAUGAACCGACGGCUGCGGCUAUUGCCUACGGACUAGAUAGAGAGAAACACGACAAGCGAAACGUUUUGAUUUUUGAUCUUGGAGGUGGAACAUUUGAUGUGACACUAAUCACAAUAAAAGAUCGAGUGUUUGAUGUUAAAGCUACAGGAGGAGAUACCCAUAUGGGAGGAGAGGACUUCAAUAACAGACUGGUAGAACAUUUUGUUGAAGAAUACAGAAAGCAAACUAAAGUUGAUAUAUCAGGAAAUAAGAGAGCUAUGAGCCGACUUCGAGUUAAAUGUGAAUCAGCUAAGAAAACGCUAUCUGUAUCUAUGGUAGCAAAAGUUCAAAUAGACGCCUUAUACGAAGGCAACGAUUUAAAAGCAACCAUAACACGAGAUACAUUUGAGCGAUUGAACUACGAUUACUUUGAACAAACAAUUACGACGGUUGAAACUACAUUGCUGAACGCAGGAUUUAAUAAAAAAGAGGUUGACGAGGUUGUAUUGGUUGGGGGGUCAACUCGAAUACCAAAACUACGAAAGAUGAUCCAAGAUUUUUUCGAUGGGAAAGAAUUGUACAAAACCAUAAAUCCGGAUGAAGCAGUGGCAUACGGAGCAGCCGCCCUUGCUUAUAAUCUUAGCAAGUAUAAAUCUGAAAAAGUAAAAGAAUUUAUUCUUCAUGACAUUGUUCCUUUGCCACUUGGUAUCAACGUUCAUGGUGAUAUUAUGUCAGUGGUUGUGAAGAAAAAUUCAAAAAUUCCAUCCAAACACUAUACGUCAGUAACCACUGUAGCUGAUAAUCAAACGCAACUUAAGUUUUCGGUGUAUCAAGGCGAAAGAGCGGCUUCCAUGCACAACAAACACUUAGGGUCAUUUGUUCUAUCGGGCAUUCUUCCUGCUCCACGUCGAGUACCCAGCAUAGAUGUGUGCUUUGAUAUCGACCCCAGUGGUGUUUUAAAAGUUACAGCUACAGAUGAAAUUACUGGAAACAAAAAAAAAUUGCGACUCGGUGCUGACACAAUAAAACUCACUCUAGAUGAGAUAGAUUUCAUGGUGCGCGAAGGGGAAAAAUUCAGAAUGGAGGACAUUGAGCACAAAAACGUUGCACAACUGAGAAUAAGACUAGAAACGUUGGUUUACAACACUGAAGAAUCUGUCAUAUCUCUAGAAUGUCAAGGAAAAUUAGCCAAACAAGAAAAAGAUGUAUUGCUUGAAAAAUGUCGGGCAGUCUAUGAAUGGCUUAGACUGAACAAGAAAGCUCCAAAGAAAAGUAUAAUGGAUAAACAAAUUGAAUUUCAGAAUUGUUCUUAUCCAAUAUUUAGAAGAAUAUGUGGAGCUGAGAAGGAUCUCAAUAAAACAAAAAAGGAUUUUGAAGACAAUAUCACAUCGGUGGAAAGGGAAAUUCAAGAUAUCUGGCCUUCCGGCUUGAAAAAUGAGAAAAGAUAUAUCGAAAGAGAAUGCUACUAUGCUAGGGAAUUUCUGAUAUUAAACAAAAACGCAACAAUAGAAGAAAUAAAAAAAAGCUACAAUGCAUUCGCAAGUGAAGUCUACCCAAUUUUAGAAAUACUUAAAGAUGGAAAUUUGGAAGAUCUCAAUGAAACAAAAAAAGAGCUUGAAGAUCAUGUCGGAUGGGUGGAAAGGGAAAUGCAUGCAUGUUCUUCCAGCUUGAGAAAUGAGAAAAGAUUUCUUGAAAGAGUAUGCUACGAUAUUAGGCAAUUUCUGAUAUUAAACGAAGUAGGUGAAUAUCUGCAAUGA